CCUGCCAUCAAGCCUCGAUAUCCUCUCCAGGUCUUGUUGUGUCUGCUAUAGUCUCCCUGUCUAUAGUUCCGCUCGUUUCAAGAUGCGUUUCUCCGAUCUCAGCCUGGCCGUUCUCUCGUGCGCGAGCACUACACUCGCUGCGAGGAACCAGACCAAGCCCUCCGCCUAUGGCCAGUGGAUGGCUACAUCGUUCUUGUCCAAGAACCAGGUCAUUCGCCACACCUACGUCCCGGCUGUCACACUCGAGGGUAUCCAGAAAGUCGCUGCCGUAAACAGCAACGAGGACCUGCUUGAGUACGCCCGCAGCUCCGUCUCCUCUCUCGUUUCAUCCAACGGCACCGUCACCGGCUACAACGAUACAUACUACACCCUAGACGAUAUCCGCAUGGGUAACAACAUCCUGCACUGGUGGAACGAAGGCGGCCGCAACGAGUCCAAGUACGAGAUCGCCGCGCACCGCUACAGGGACCAGUUGAACCGGUGGCCGCGCACCCCCACGGGCGGCUUCUGGCACCGCGCCCCGACUUACGCAGACCAGAUGUGGCUCGACGGCAUCUACAUGGCCGAUACCUUCUACGCAACGUACACAAGCUACUUUGACAACGACAACAUCACCGCCUGGCAGGAUAUCGAACUCCAGUUCGACCUGAUCGAGGAGCACACACGCAACCACACAAUCAACCUUCUCUAUCACGGCUACGACGAGCUGAAGAAGGCGGUCUGGGCGAACGCCGAGACGGGUGCGUCGCCGUACGUCUGGAACCGCGCGGUAGGAUGGUACUUCGUCGCGCUCGUCGAGGUGCUGCAAGUGUACCCCAAGGAGCUCCCUGGGUACGCCAAGCUGUCCUCAUACCUGAGCACGCUGGCAUCGGGCGUCAAGGACGCUCAGGACGCCGAGGGCGGGUGGUGGUUGCUCAUGGAUCCGGAGCUCGCGGGCAAGGCCGGGAACUACAUCGAGUCGUCUGCGACUGCCAUGUUCACGUACGCGUACUUCAAGGGUGUCAGGACGGGGCUGCUGGACGCUGAGUUUCUGCCUGUGGCCCACAAGGCGUACGAUCUUAUGAUCAACGAUUUCAUUGUUUACGAGACGAACGGUACGUUGAGUUGGAACGGUACAGUGGAGGUUGGCAGCUUGAAGGGCGAUGCGAGCUACGAGUACUAUACCACUGUUCCUCUGAGUUUGAACGAUGGCAAGGGUGCUGGGCCGUUCAUGUACGCUGCGUCGGAGUUCAAUCUUGCGCUGGAGAACAAGACGGAGGUUGCUCACCUCGAGUAGAGGAUCGCGGAUGGUUAGAGUCAGAAUAGACACUCUAGACGCCAUAUAUACCCUGUACAUAUUGGCUGAGUUGUAUAAUUGUAAUUGUUUGGUAACGCCAUCGCUGUUUCAGAUGUAUUAAAUACAAACUAUGCCCUU